UUGACAUUUUCACCAUUUCGUCCUAUAAUUAAACCAAAGCGAAGAGCAAUAAUAACUCAAACUAUGGGGUAUACAAGUAUCUACGCGAUCACAUUUGUAGCCCUCGUGGGGGCUCUACUGGGCGUAUCAAAAGCACAGCCGAGCGGGUCAUGCCUGAGCACACUGACCACCCUUUCUCCGUGCCUAGGCUAUAUCACCGGAAACUCAACCACUCCCUCACAGACUUGCUGCUCUCAGCUCGACUCUGUCAUCAAAUCUUCGCCGCAGUGCAUCUGCUCUGCCGUCAACAGUCCGAUCCGUAACAUCGGCCUUAACAUUAAUCGCACACAGGCCUUGCAGCUCCCAAACGCCUGCAACAUUCAGGCGCCUCGUCUCUCACAAUGCAAUGUGGCCACUGGGCCGACAACACCUCUUGGCGCACUUUCACCGGUGGAGUCACCGGCGGACAAGAACCCUGGCGUGGCACUAACCCCAACCUCAUCACCAGGUGCUCGUUCAGGAGUCGUAGUCGGAGCCAGAGGUGGUUCCAAGACUAUUCCUUCCACUGGAGCUGGCUCAUCCUCUGGGAGCGUCGACCGUGUGCCACCACAUUUGUUCAUGUAUGCUAUAUUUGUAGUUUGGACCUACUCUCUUCUUAAUCAGUUCUGAGAGUUAUGUAUUUGAGAAUUUGAUUUUCACGUUUACUAUUUUAUUCGGUUGCAUGGUGUACCAGAUUUAUAUGUGAGUUGUUUAUUCUAUUUUACUACUUCAAAGAA